AUGAGACAGGAUGAAUCGCCACAAAGAUGGAUGGACGACAGAUAUGUAGAAACAAUAGUUCAUGAAAGAUUGAAAAGUGUGAUGAUUAUAUGGAAUCAUGGAGGUACCAAUGUUGCUAUUGCAGGUUCAUGGAACAACUGGGAAACAACAGAAGCCUUGCAGAAUGUAGGUCAACACUUUGCGAUUGUCAAAACACUUCCGAUAAGAAUCUAUCAUUACCGUUUUAUGGUAGAUGGUUAUUGGACACACGCUCCAGAGUUUCCAUCGCAUCUUACUAAUUCGGGUUAUGUCUACAAUAUAUUGGAUUUGCAGGAUUAUAUCCCACUAAGAAUACAAAAUCCGGAAGAUCCACCAUCACCUCCGUCGAGUUACGAUAACAUGCUCUUAAAUGAAGAUGAUUUCAACAAGCCUCCACCAGAAUUACCACCACAACUACAAGUUACAAUAACAGACGAAUACGCGUCGACGAGCAAUGCUGGUCCUGUUUCAGUCCCUAGUUUAACACAUGUGGACUUGAAUCAUUUAUACAUGAGCAGAUCUGAUGGUGAACAAUGUGUGGCACUAAGGUCAACUCAUAGGUUUCAACAGAAAUUUGUCACUAAUCUAAUGUACAAGUCCCUGCACAACAGAGAGAGAUAA